UGUGGGACCAACAAACCAACCCGAGCUUCUCCUUUGCAAAAGUAUUCUUCUUGCGCAUCAAAAACUCUCGAAGCCAUCCAAGCAAGACCCAGGACUAGACCAAGGCCAUCCCUGACCCAUGCACGGCAACAAAAUGGGGCAGCCUCCUCUUCUCAGCCGGAUACCGAGAGACGUCCGGGAAAAGAGUGGGUUUGCAAAUCUACAUAUCAAAUCGCGAUACCUUCACUUUUUACCACGUCUUCUUAGACGUUUUAUAUCUCCUCCUGUGAAUCUCUCUCUUGACCGAGUUUCCCCAGAGCCAAGACCGCUUCUUACAUGGGAUGGAUUAUGGCGCGGUUUUUUGCUUCCCCUCACGACAAGUAAAUCUCCAUUUCCCCGCGUUUUCCCCCCAAUCGUCGGCCUGGGGAAUGGGGGACACGUGCUAGACGGGGGAUAAGCGCGGCAACUGAUUAAAGUUGUGGCCUUAUUUCGACGUGCAGUUGCAUUGGACUUGACGGGCUUGUGAAGUUGUGGUGUUGCGUGUUGAGGAGGAAGUGGUUUGGAGGCGUUGGCACGUGAGGUUGACAGAUGAUUGAGUGAGCUCACUACGAGACAGGACUGCAAAUGAAUAGCAUAGAGGUCAUUGGGUGGAGAGUUUGUGUUACUGUUUGUUACAACUACUAUAGUUCAAUGGCAAUGUUAUGGGUAUGUUGUUGUCUCAAGUUGGCAAGCUGUUAGAUAUACUAAACUGGCCUAUACAACCAGUAACAGUUGACUUACACGCCUUUAACCUCACCAAUGAAAACAACCCCAAGUAGAUAUAAUUAAUCACUCCCAAAUCCCCUCUUUCUCCAAAU